AUGUCUUUCCAGGCGUUGUGGCGUUGUGCUGAUGCCCUUCGCAACCCGUUCAGGCCCGCAGGCUUGGGCUCUGUCCGUACGGCCACGAAGCACGCGGGAGGCACUGUCUCCAACCACGGCGGGUCUCCCGGAAAACGGCUCGGUGUGAAAAAGUUCUCUGAGGAGUAUGUCGUCCCCGGAAACAUCCUCGUCCGACAACGUGGAACGACGUUCCACGCAGGUCAACAUGUGAAGAUGGGCCGGGACCACACGCUCUAUGCCACUGUGCCCGGCUUUGUGCGUUUCUACCGCGUCCCUGGCUCAAGGAAAGACACCAAAUAUAUCGGUGUUGUGACGAACAAGGCGGAGAAGCUCCCUCGCGACGAGACAACAUACGGCCGCAGUCGCCACUUUGGAUUCGUGGACCUCAAUGCUUUGAAUGCAUCGCGGUCAUGA